AUGGCGUCUCCCGGCAACCCGUCUUUCGAGUCGGAAGGGGCCGAGACGGAUGUGGACAUUUGCACCAGCGAUCUGGGCGCCGGCGCCGACAACCUCGCGCCGACGGGCCAGCCGUGCAAGGAGAACACGGGCUGGCGCAGGAUCGUGAGAAAUUUCACUCCGUCAUGGUUCUCGGUGAACAUGGGCACGGGCAUCGUCUCGGUCCUGCUGCACAACCUGCCGUACAACGCGUACUGGAUCCAGGUCAUCUCGUACAUCUUCUUCGCGCUCAACAUCGUCCUCUUCACCGUCUUCUUCGCCAUCACCGUGGCGCGGUACCUGCUGUACCCGGAGAUCUUUGUGGUCAUGCUCAAGCACCCGGCCCAGUCUCUGUUCCUGGGCUGCCUGCCCAUGGGCUUUGCAACCAUCGUGAACAUGAUCGUCUUUGUAUGCGCGCCAUGGGGCGACGCGUUCAUCUACCUGGCCUGGGGACUCUGGUGGGUCGACGCAGCGGUCUCCGCCAUCUGCUGCCUGACCAUCCCCUUCGUUGCCGCCCACCACCACAGGCGCCAGCUGGACCAGAUCACCGCCGCCCUGCUCCUGCCCGUCGUCCCCGUCAUCGUGGCGUCGGCCUCGGGCGGCAUCGUGGCCGAGGUCCUGCCCAACGCGAGCCACGCCGUGACCACCGUCGUCGUCUCGUACGUGCUCAUGGGCCUCGGCCAGUUCUUCUCCUUCUACAUCCUCGCCAUCUACCUGCUGCGCCUGCAGGUGCACGACCUGCCGCCGCGCGAGGUCCUCGUCUCGGUCUUCCUGCCCGUCGGCCCCCUGGGCCAGGGCGGCUUCGGCAUCCAGCAGCUGGGCAAGGUGUGCCUCGAGCUGUUCCCGCGGGCGCAGGCGCUCGGCGCCGUGGGCGUGGACCCGAUGCGCGGCGGCGAGGUCGCGUACGUGCUCGGCGUCGUGGGCGCGCUGUGCAUGUGGGGCGCCGCGCUGGGCUGGCUCACCUUUGCGCUCAUCUCCAUCUUCUCCAUCAAGCGGUUCCCGUUCAACAUGGGCUGGUGGGGGUUCACGUUCCCGCUCGGCGUGUUCACGACGUGCACCGGCCUCAUGGCGGAGGAGCUGUCGAGCGGGUUCCUCAGGGUGUUGACUACCGCUGCUUCUGGCGAGAUGUUCAACGCUCCUUGCCUCAAGGACUUGAGGCCCAAGGAGCAGCAGGGUGGCUGUGAUAGGACGGCAUGA